AUGACCUUCCUACUAGGGCAGGUUCCAUCCAUUUGGAAGCACGCCAUUGUUACGUUCAUCCCUAAGUCCACUGAAUCCAGAUUAAUUUCAAGCUUUCGACUUAUAAGUAUUUUGCUUACACCUCUCGAAAUUUUGGAAAAAAUAGUCAAUGGCAUUCUGCUAUGGGUCUCUCAGCUUCGGUGUAUCCCGCUCAAACAGCAUGGCUUUCUUCCUGGCUCAUUCACUCGUACGCAGUUAAUUGACUGCACGCAUUGCUGGAUAGAAGCAAUCAGCUCCGGGCGAAAAGUCAGCGCCAUCUACUUUGACUUGAGUAAAGCAUUUGAUACCUACAUAGAUCUAGCCUACUUUUGA